GUGGCAUUGGCGGACCGGCACCGGGUUUCAAUGUAGGCUGCGAGACGGGUUGAACAUCACUGCGGGCAGGCGCCGUGUCAGAGCCGAGGCGAGGUCAAGAUGAUCCAACUAAAGACGAUUCUCAACUGCAUCGACAACUCUGGCGCGGCCCUCGUCGAGUGCGCCAUGAUCGUCGGCCAGAAGCGACAUGCCUCCAUCGGCGACAGGAUAGUGGUGGUGGUGCAGAAGCAGCGAAACGCGCUGGCCGAGGGCAUGGCCUCCUCGUCGGGCGCCAAGGUCAAGCGCGGCGACAUCCGGCACGCGGUCGUGGUGCGGACGAAGCAGAGAGUGCAGCGGCGGGACGGCAGCGUGGUCCGGUUCGACGACAACGCCUGCGUUCUGAUCAACAAGGCCGGCGACCCCAUCGGCACGCGCAUCAACGGCGUGGUGGGCCAGGAGCUGCGCAAGAAGAAGUGGAGCAAGAUUCUUAGCAUGGCGCCGAUGCAGGCAUAAUCUGCUGGGGGAGAUGGGGUGCUCGGGGAAGGAGUUCUUGCGUGGCCAAGCCGCCGGUUCCAUCGUGUCAACCCGCCGCCGCUGUUGAAUCUCUGAAUGGCCGUGGUGGUCGUGGAAGAACAGAUCAAUCGUUGUUCUCAAGCGGGCAGAGGUGUACCUUAUUAGAUCUGCCAUGAUUAUUGGCACUCGGCGGCGUAUCGGGGCGUCGUGUACACUACUACUUGUACAUGUACAAUGGGUAUAUGAAGACAUUGGCUGCAAUCACGCGGCGGAAAGGAUCAU